AUGACACAGCACAACACGGCACAGCACCACGUGGCACAGCACCACGCGGCACAGCACCACACAGCACUACAUGGCAUAGCUAAACAUGGCAUAACACAACAUGGCACAGCACCACACAACAUGGCACUGCACAGCAUGGCACAGCACAACAUGGCACGGCACAGCUCAAUGUGGCACAGCACAUCAUGGCACAACAUGGCACACCACAACAUGGCACAGCACAACACAGCACUGCACAACAUGGCACAACAUGGCACAGCACCACAUGGAACAGCACAACACAGCACAGCACGGCACAACAAAACAUGGCACAACACGGCACAGCACUACACGGCACAGCACUACAUGGCAAAACACAGCACAGCAAAACAUGGCACAGCACUACACGGCAAAACACAGCACAGCACAACACGGCACAACAGAAUACAGCACAACAUAACACAAUAUAGCACAGCACAAAAUGGCACAACACGACACUGCAAAACACAGUGCAGCUCAACACGGCACAGCACAACACAGCACGACAUGGCACAGCAUAACACGGCACAACGCAGCACAAUAAAACAUGGCACGACAUGGCACAGCACAACACGGCACAACAUGACAGCACAACACAGCAUGACACGACACAGCACAACACGACACAGCACAACACGGCAUGACAUGACACUGCACAGGAAAACAAAGCACAACACGGCACGGCACAGCACAGCACAGCACGGCACAACAUGA